AUGACUGAAGAAGAAAAUGGUUCCCCCAAUGAAGCUGCUAAACCACAACCCCCCAGCUCCUCUGAUAUGCAGUACUACUACCAAUUUAUCUAUCCUUUCAAACAGAUAUUCAAUUGGUUAAAUCAUUCACCAAAACCAGGAAAGGACAUGAUCAAUCGUGAAUUAGCUAUGGCCUUUAGAUCCGGUGCCUAUAAAAGAUAUAAUUCGUAUCGUAGUGUACAGGAAUUUAAAAGUCAAGUUGUCAAAGCUAACCCUGAUAGAUUUGAAAUUGGUGCUAUUUACAAUAAGCCACCUCAGGAGCGUGAUUCCUUGCUUAAAUCAGAAAUGAUACCGUUAGAAAAAGAGUUGGUUUUUGAUAUAGAUAUGGAUGAUUACGAUACCUUCAGAACCUGUUGUUCAGGAGCGCAAGUAUGUGGUAAAUGUUGGAAAUUCAUAUCAUUAGCGAUGACAAUUAUGAAUACUGCACUUAUAGAAGACUUUGGAUUCGAAAAUUUCCUAUGGGUUUUCUCUGGUAGACGUGGUGCGCACUGUUGGGUCAGUGAUAAAAGAGCUCGUGCUUUGAACAAUUUACAAAGAAGUAAUAUAAUAGACUAUAUGAAUGUGGUUAAAGAUCGUACCGCUAACAAAAGACUAGCACUACUGAGACCCUAUCAUCCCCAUAUAGCGAGAUCUCUGGAACAAUUGAAGCCACAUUUCACCGCAAUAAUCCUAGAGGAACAAGAUCCAUGGAGGGAUGAUGCACAUGCGAUGCAGACGUUGCUUCCUGGACUGCACGAUAGAAAUUUAAUAGAAGCCUUAUCUCGAUAUUGGAAGGCUCACCCUGGUAGAUCAAGCAAAGAGAAAUGGAGUGAUAUAGAUGCAAUUGCCGCCAAGGAAUUGAAGAUCUCUAGGAAACAAGAAUUUAUCAAUCGAUUACGUGAAUGCAAGGAAGAUCUAGUCAUCUCGACAUUAUACCCUAAAUUGGAUGUUGAAGUGACAAAACAGACACACCACUUGUUGAAGGCACCCUUCUGUAUUCAUCCAGGCACCGGUAACGUGUGUGUCCCCAUAGAUGAGAAUUUUGUACCUUCCAAGGCUCCUAGAUUGAUUGAUCUACAAAGUGAGAUGGAAUUGAGAAACCAUGAUAUCUCCAAAACGUCAUUACAGCCAUUUUUAGAUGCAUUUCAAAGACAAAUCAAUAAACUGGUCAAGGAAGAAUUGAGCAACGUGAAAAGAGAUCGUGAAGAAGAUGAUGGUCAAAUAGUUGACUUUUAA